AUGGAAGAUAUUGGACGCCUCGCUCACGAAGCCGAUCAAGAUCCAUUCGUCAGGCAAACAGACUCAGAUUCCGAGAACUCUGACGCUGAGGACUCCAGCCCGGAUAGCAUAAUCUCAUGGGCAUCUACCAAGCAAGAUCCCAAGGACAGAGCCAGCUACCUCUUAGUAUUACUAGGUGAUUUGCCGUUCAACAUCGAUGUUGAAACCUGCAGAUACAUCACACAGAGAGCCCAGAAACUCACAGGCUUCAACUUCUCAAAAUGGACUGAUUGCGCUGAUAUCUACGGUCUUGUGGAAUGUGCGUGCGAACUGAGCUUCGUGGAGGCCGAGCGCGUCGUGCAGCAAUUCUACAUUCUUCAUCCAAACGUGAAGAAGCACUCGAUCGCUGGACUGACGCCCGCUCUGGUUCAACGUGCAUCGGUCGUUCUCUCUAAAAACUGGGAGAGGAAAGAGCUCAGGUUGGGCUGGGAAACAUUCGGGCCGUUCUUCUCAACGCUUGCUCUUUGCGACAGCACCUCCACCUCUGACGAUGAAUUCAGAGGCAUGGUUCGUCUCGCCAUGGCUCAGUCAAAGAAGUUGGCUUUGGAGACGACCACACUCAAAGACAGAAUGGAGGCUUACAUUUUGGAGACGGUCCCUGUCAUCAAGCACGUUCUGGAAGGCUAUCUCCUUCGCGUCAAGGCAGACGAGAAAUUCAAGAGCCAAUCAAGCGACAUGAACUUGACACAUACUGGGAUGACCAACCACCAAGCCCACACACUGACGAACAAACGCAACGGAGACGACAUGAUCGCAGGCCGUCCCCAGAAGAAGCAGAGAAGUUGGUCUGAGUGCUGCAAGGUUCCCGAUCCCGAGUUCAAGGACGAGCCUGAGUCUUCAGUGUAUGACUCAGACUAA